AUGUCCCCAGAUCUGUUGUCUCAGUUGUAAAGUACUUAUGACACUGUUUGCAUAAAAAUACAUCGAAAAGUGCCGUGAAAUUAGAGAAAACAUUAAACUAAACCACCGGGAAACACCUACUGCGACAGUGAAAAUUACAGUAAAGAAUCGAGCGUAAUUCUCGCUUAUGGGCGGACAGUAGAUACUUCGAAUUCAAUUUCGGAAGCUCCAGAACUGGAAACACGUAAAUUUACAAGGUGUAGCAGACUCCCAUCUUGUUUUUUUUCUCUCCUAUUACCCAACACGAGAGAUCAUGUCAUGGAUUCGAGAACCAUGGAUGGCAUGAGGGAUCGGGCUAGAAGACCCGUCAGAACGAAACGCUACAGCAGGAGGGCUUUUGGCGAAGAACGACGGCCGCCAAAGAGACUCUUCACUCCUGAAAUCAAGAGAUUCCUGAAAGACUGGCUUAUAAGGCGCAGAGACAAUCCGUAUCCGAAUCGGGAUGAAAAGAAAACAUUGGCGAUCCAAACCGGAUUAACUUACAUUCAAGUAUGCAAUUGGUUUGCGAAUUGGAGGAGAAAACUGAAAAACGCCGGCAAAGAACCGCAACGCAAAACUUGGGGUCAUCUGAUAAAAACCUACAACAAUCAGGUGCAGGGAAACGUCGAGCAUUUCAGCAUAUGCUCAGAUGACAGUAUAUGGCACGAAAUGGAAAACAAUUCCUCAGAUUUUGAACAGAAAACGUAUGAGUACGAUCGAAAAGCUUACGAUUUCAGCUACAAACCGAAAGAGGAGUACGUGGUGCAAAGGAACCACGGUUCGGAUAUACAAACGUUCUACAUAAGUUCAACGACGGAACCGGAACCUGAAAAUCCGUUCGCACAGCAUAAAUACAAGAAUCAUAUUAUGGAAAAGUAUUUGAAGGAUUGCCAGAAGCCGGACAAUGUCUCGAGUAAAGUUAAUGGUGAAACAGAGAAACCGUCGAUGAUUUCGAGAUGGCUUGAGAGUGCAGUAAAUUUUAAACCGAGCCAAAACAAUUAUCUGGAUUGGACUUACGAGAAGAUCGAGAAAAAGAGGCCCAAGAAAACAGCAAACAACAAUAAUACAAUCAUUAUUAACAACAAUGAUCAGCAGCAGCACGGGAAGGAAGAGUUGGAUGCUGCCGAAGCUUUGACUACUUUAGCGAACGCGCACAAGUUCUGAUCGAUUGGGGAUUUUCAUAGAAAAAGAACAUUUGUGCAUUUCUUUGUUUCAAUAGAGUGGUUAU